AUGUCAUAAUCUAAAAAUACAUUUUUGGAUGAGUUUGACUAUUUUAAAAUUCCUGGAUCCGGAGCAUAUAGUUCUCUCUAGUAAAUACGAUCCACUCCAUGUUAUUCGUAUAUAUUAAAUUUAACCUAAGAUUUGGAAGUUAAUAAAAAUAUAAAGUUAUAUAGAAAUUUUAAACACCAUCUCCAGCUGCUUAUAAUACUAAUUCAAACUUAAUUUAGUAUGUCAAUACUUUUAGGUUAAAUUAUCAUUCAUUUAAAAAGGUUUCCAACUUCUAGAAGAUAACAAACUAAUUAUAAUAUUUAUGUUCGUGGAGUAGGCGCUUAUGAUUUACAAAAAUUUUUUGGAAAAUAAAAGGGUUAUACUUUUGGAACAAAAUUGAAUAGGGGAAUUUUAAAACCUCUGUAGAAAAAACCAUAUUCUAAAGUGGGUGUUUAUUUUCCAUGGUCAAAUACAUAUUUAUACGGGAUAUAGUUUGAGUAAAUUAUGAAUUUUAUUUAGGAAUGAUCCAUAAUAGUAGAAUAACUUUGAAGAACUUGGUUUAACAAGUAGAGAAAUUCCUAUGAAUAAUUAUUAUGGAGAUAAAAGAGGGUUAUGGGUUGAAUGCAUAAAAGAGUAACUCAAAAUAUUGAUAUUUUAGUGAAUAAUGUGAAGUAUUAUUCAAAGGAGAAUAUAAUAGAGGCCAAAGAACUGGAAUAUGGAAAUACUAUUGGAAGAAAACUUUUUGUUAUCCUAUUUAGUUGAUGUAAAAGAUUGUGAAAAUUAUUAGUAACGGCGGUUCAUAUGUUUAAACCGAUGGAAAAUGGCUUUAUUAAAAUGAAGAUUUUGAUGAUGAUGAUGUUUUAAAGUACUGUAACAUUUUAGUUUAAUGAAUAAAAUAUAAGUAAAAUCACUUACGUCAGAUUAUUUAAGUGCUACAAUAUAAUUCAAGUCGCACCUGAAUUAUAGAACCAAAUUGAAAUUUGGUCAUUUUCUAUUUCAAUCUGGUUUAAAGAUUUUGAGUAUGAGAAUGAAGAUUUCUUAAGGAAAUGCUUUGAUUAUGAUUGGAGCCACAGCAAAUUAUCAGAUAUUAUAACUAAUCAGGAUGAAUUUAAUGAAGUUGAAAAUUUAAUAUGGAAAAAUUAUAAAAUGAUUAAAGAAACAUAUAAAUAGUAUUCAUCAUAUUCACCAUCUGGAGAUGUUUGGUCUAUUCCAAAUAAUGUAAUUGCAGAUUUCGUAUUUGAAACAGAAUUGAUUGAUAAAACAUUUAAGCUUUCAGAUUUAGAUAUCAAAUUUAUUGUAACUUGUGCUACUUCAUUUGAAAAUAAAAGAAAUUAUAAAAAACCCAAAAGAGCAUUGUUUAGAUAUUAAUUUAUGGAACUCUUAGUGAGAAUUUCAAUUGACAAAUACUUGGAACAAAAAUUAGCAAAUAAUAUAGCUGAAUCUGUAAUUAUGCUUUUAGAUCAAUGUAGACCUAUCAUGUAAAAAUAUGAUGUACAAAAUUGGAGAGAUGAGAGAUACUUCAAUCAAUAAUGUGAUAAAUGUUUGAACUAUUACAAACCUUUGUUAUAGAAUAUUUAUAAUAAAUACAGCAUUAAAAUAACCAAAUUAGGUUAAAAGAAAUUUAUGAGUCUUGAUAAAUUUCAGUAAAUUUGCUGUAAGGCAGGUUUAUUAAAAGACGAAUAAAAAGAACAAAAUUUGGUAUGAAAAUUAAUAAUAAUAGGCAUUUAAUUAAUCAAUUAUGACAUAUGUGAAUGAAUUAGAAAGUGACAAGUUUUUCUCAUUGAAUUUUUUAGAGUUUAUGGAAGCUAUAGCCAGAAUGGCUGAGAAGGGUUCGUGGAUUGAUGACUGGAGGAACCCAUCUUAAUAGAUUCCAUUGCAUAUUAAAUUAGAAAAAGUUCUUAUCUAUUUAGUAUAAACUUGUGCAUCUCAAAUAGAUUUAAAAAAAUAUGGAAAUUAACAAAAUUGCAUAUUUAAUGCUUGA